UCCCCCCGCGGCCCCCAGAGGGCGCCGGCGGAGCCUGCGGAAGUUCCGGCGGCGGGGCCGUCACUGCUGGCUCUGCCAGUCAACAAAGUGAAACAAAAUGUUAAUAGCACAGCUGAGUUCCCAGUUACUGAAGGCUUCGAGAAUUGCAGGCCACCUUUUGCCCAGGUCUGUGUCUUCCUUCCUCUGCUGCCGCGCCACGUCCGCCCACUACAGCACCCAGCCCCCCAACACGAGCGGGGCCCAGCCCCAGCAGUGGCACAGCCUGGACCCUGAGCUGGAGGAGAUCCUGGUUCCCAGGAAACUCUCCAUCAGCCCUUUGGAGAGCUGGCUGUCGGUGAGAUACUCCCUCCCCGAGGCAGAGGGAGCUCAGGGGGAGGUGGGCCAUGAGCCCGCAGAGGGGUCCGAGUGCCCCCCACCCGCCGGGGGAGCGGCCGUGGGGGAAGGAGGAGCGGCCCCCGGGGACACCGUGCAGUGCAAGAACGUCCUGAAGAUCCGCAGGAGGAAGAUGAACCGCCACAAGUACAAGAAGCUGCUCAAGAGGAGGAAGUUCAUCCGCAGGAGGAUAAAGGAGGGGCGCAAGAAGAAGCGCCAGAUAAAAUUCGAGAAAGAUUUGGAGCGCAUCUGGAAAAGGGCAGGUUUGAAAGGCCCUCCUGCAGGAUGGCAAACACCCAAGAUAUUCCUGAGGAGCUCAAAGCGAUAAAACCCACCUGUCUCGAGUUUUGACCUGUAAUUGUAAUUAAAAAAAAAUUAUAUAUUUCA